AAAUGGAUUCUGGAUCUGAGAUGAAUAAAAAAGGUUUGCUCCAUGUGGAUUGGAUUCUUGGAGUGAUGGUUGUUUCUUCUAUUUCUUUAUUAACUGAUCCACUGUCUUGUCGCGUGAUUCAUUGUUUGGUAAAGCAUGUUGCUUUUCUGUUGUCUUCGAGCAUGUUGACACAUCUUCUGUCUUCUACCAUUAUGUAAAUCUGCUUCAUUUCAUUUGUAUUUGAUCAGAAUCAGAUGCAACUUGGUCUCUCUCUCUCUCCUCUGGUUGAUUCUUCGCCUAUACAUAGAUUCUCAAUCUCUCUGUGUGAACAGGCUUUGUGGUAUAGGGUAUUUUUUGUAAAGGAAAUGGCCAAAGUUAGAAGAGCAAGACGCAGGAUUGCUUCGCGCAUCAGAUCGAGACCCUACAAAUUCCAAUCUGCUAACCGAGUUAUAGGAAAGAACAGAUUUGCGGAAGAAUGUCCUAAGGUGCUUGAGAAAAGGGACUGGGAAGAUGUGGUAUGCUCUGUUUGCAUGGAAUGCCCCCACAAUGCUGUUCUUCUUUUGUGUUCAUCUCACGACAAGGGUUGUCGUCCUUACAUGUGUGGAACCAGUUUCAGAUAUUCCAACUGCCUUGAUCAGUACAAGAAGGCGUCUGCUAAGCUAAUGCCAUCCACUCUGGAGCAGCCUACCAGUAAAUCCGAGGUUUCGGACCUGACAUGUCCGCUCUGUAGGGGCCAGGUGAAAGGGUGGACGAUUGUGCAGCCUGCACGCGACUAUUUGAAUCUGAAAAAGAGGAGCUGUAUGCAGGAAAGCUGCUCUUUUGUCGGAACCUUCAAGGAGCUGAGGAAACACAUGAAAAUGGUGCACCCGUCUGCUGGGCCACGUGAAGUGGAUCCUGCGGUGGAGCAGAAAUGGAGAAGGCUCGAGCUUGAACGUGACCGUGAUGAUGUGAUCAGCACGAUCAGAUCGACAAUGCCAGGGGCGAUGGUUCUUGGGGAUUACGUGAUUGAGAGAAACACCUACGGUUCUGACUCAGAGGGGGUUGAUGAUAUCAAUGGCGGGCAGAGAAAUGAAGGCGGUGGUGGGAUAGACGCAGGGUUUGGUAGGAAUCUCAUGAAUGUCUUCCUUCUGUUGCAUGCUUUUGGGCCAUCAGGGAGCCAGACAAGACGCCCAGACUCCACCAUUGACCUGACAUUAUCAGACACAACCCUUGAUUUAGCAUCAGAUGCAAAUGAUUUCGCAAUAAACUGGCGAACAGGUGGCUCAGAUUCCUCAGGGCAAGAAGAUGACAGCUUUAGUAACUACCGGGAAGAGGGUAGGGGAAUGUCGUUGGCAAGCCGGCUCAGGCGGCAGGGAAGGAUUCUGCUGGGAAGAUCAGGUAGGAGACGUAGAGACAGGGAAGCUAACCAAAACCCGAAUCCUAGAUGAUACAAAACCGAAUCCAUUUGCGGGGGUUCCUGGUAAGUAAGUUGUGUUGUUGGUACAAUGUAGCUUUAAAAAAAAAAGAUUCCAAAAAAAAAAAGGGUGUCAAACCGUGAAAACCCCUUUCUGUUUUUAACAUCAAAAUAUUUGGGAUUCUGCAAUGGCCACCAGAAGGUGGAGAAAAGGAGGGUUCAAAUAA